AGGUGCUCACAGACGACAAGUUGAAGGGAAUUAUGCGACACAGUUCCCAGCGGCAGUAACUGAAGAGCGCACAGAGCCCACCACUGGCAGGCAGCAGUAGCACCAGCACACAGUGUGCCUGGGAAGCCGUGCAAACGGGGUUGUACAGAGCGGUCGAGUAAUCGGUUUUUACAGACUUUAAAACAUAUUGAAGAACAGACAUGGCACUCACCGAUGCUGACGUACAGAAACAGAUCAAACACAUGAUGGCCUUCAUUGAACAAGAGGCCAAAGAGAAGGUUGAGGAAAUUGAUGCUAAGGCGGAGGAAGAGUUCAACAUCGAAAAGGGUCGUCUGGUGCAGACUCAGCGGGUGAAAAUCAUGGAGUACUACGAGAAGAAGGAGAAGCAGAUUGAACAGCAUAAGAAAAUCCAGAUGUCCAACCUGAUGAACCAAGCGAGGCUGAAGGUCCUGAAGGCCCGUGACGACAUGGUCACGGAUUUGUUGAAUGAGGCUCGUAAACGGCUUGCAGAGAUUGCCAAGGACCCUGCUCGGUACUCUACCCUAUUGGAGGGUCUGGUGCUUCAGGGAUUCUAUCAACUGCUGGAACCUAAGGUCACCAUUCGAUGCCGACAGCAGGAUGUCGAAAUGGUUCAGGCUGCAGUUAAUAAGAACAUCCCUAUUUACAAAGAGGCAGUGAAUAGCAACAUAGUCGUCAAAAUCGACCAGGAGCGUUUUCUUCCAUCGGACAUUUGUGGAGGAGUUGAAGUAUAUAAUGAUAAUGGAAAGAUCAAGGUUUCGAACACGUUGGAGUGCAGGAUAGAACUUAUAGCCCAACAGAUGAUGCCUGAGAUCAGAGUGGAGUUGUUCGGUGCCAACCCCAAUCGCAAGUUCACGGAUUAACAUUGGAUUUGAUGAGAGCGUGAGCGGAAUAUACUACAAGGUGACCUCAGACCAUCAUCAUAUUGAGCAAGAGUCUGCACAAUCACCUAUAAAUCAGCAAGGGUCAAAGAAAUCCCUGGCUUACGUAAGGAGAUGCCACGGGUGUGUUCAUAUAUCUUUUUAUUUUUGUACUAAUGGAUUGAAUAACAAUUCAACGUGCACUUUUAUUUACGUUUAAGUGCCAUCUCAUUUUACCUCAUCAGGUGUUUUCCAAAGGACUGCUUUUAACUGUAGUGUCAUUGUAAAUACGUAUAGCUUCAGUUGUUUUGGGAAAUCUGUUGCACUACUGUUUGAUUAAAGCAAUCAAUGCUACAUAUUUAGGUCACCAAAAAUAUACAUUUUGGAUGCUUAGUCUACGUUUUUUGUUUUUUUUGGACUAUAAUCUACAAUGAUCUUGGUCUGGUAUGUUUGCCAUGUUUUUUGACAGCUCUGAAGCACUUGAUGAACAACCAGAGAAAUAAAUGUGUGUGACACACAGAAAUCGG